AUGGAAUAUAAAAAACUUCUUAUUAACAAUAACAAAGAAGAAGAUAUAGAGUUGGCUGAAAAACGAGCAACUACAUAUGACGCAUCAUCAGAACACAAAUUGGAAUCAGAGAAUAAAAAUAAUAUUAAACAAUCUACGCGUCCACAAACAAGAUCAAAAAUUCAUUUUUGUUUUUCAAUUAACCUUGUUGUUGUUAUCCUAAUAACUAUCAUUAGUAUUACAACAUGGUUUAUUUUCAUUAAAAAAGCCGAAACAACAGUUAAUACAACUACAGCUACAAUUGAUGCAUCUACAACAGGUACAAUAAUUUUUAUAACGUCGACAACAACAACAAAAAUGCGUACAACGUCGUCAACAGAAACAACAAUUCUUACAACGUCGACAACAAAAACAACAAUGUUUACAACAUUGACAACAGAAACAACGCCGACAACAAAAACCGCAAUAACUACAAUGUCGAUAGCAGAAACAACAAUGCUUACAACGUCGACAAAUUUCCAUACAACAACAAAGAAUGUAUCAAAAUUCAGUAAGUGGAAACAAAAUGCCAUCACUGUGGCUGGUGGAAAUGGACAAGGAGAAGAAUUAAAUCAACUCAGUGGGCCUGAAGGAAUAUUCGUUGAUAAAAACAAAAAUAUUUUUAUUGCUGAUGGUUCGAAUCAUCGUAUUGUUGAGUGGACAUAUAAUGCAACAGAAGGACAAAUUAUUGCUGGUGGAAAUGGGCAAGGAAAUCGAAUAGAUCAACUGAGUCAUCCAAAAAAUUUGAUUGUUGAACAACAAAAUCAUUCGAUCAUCAUUGCUGAUCGUGAGAAUAGACGAGUGAUUCAAUGGUUUAAUCAAAAUCAACAAAUUCUUAUUGAGAAUAUUGGCUGUUAUGGCUUGGCAGUGAAUAAAGAUGGAUUUCUUUAUGUUUCUGAUCGUGAGAAGAAUGAAGUAAGACGAUGGAAAAUGGGUGAAUACAAUGAAGGAAUUGUGGUAGCAGGUGGCAAUGGACAAGGAAAUCAGCUCAAUCAACUCAGUUUUCCUAAUUUUAUCUUUGUUGAUGAAGAUCAAUCUGUUUAUGUAUCAGAUGAUAACAAUCAUCGGGUGAUGAAAUGGAGAAAAGAUGCAAAAGAAGGAACAAUUGUGGCUGGAGGAAAUGGUUAUGGAGGAAAUCUCAAUCAAUUGUCUUAUCCUGAAGGAGUAAUUGUUGAUGAUUUAGGUCAAAUCUAUGUGGCAGAUUAUGGGAAUCAUCGAAUAAUGCGUUGGUGCGAAGGAAAAACAGAAGGUGAAAUUAUUAUUAGUGGAAAUGGUGAUGGAAAUCAAUCAAAUCAGUUGUAUUAUCCCCGUGAUUUAUCUUUUGAUGAUGAUGAAAAUCUUUAUGUUGCUGACUAUUAUAAUCAUCGAAUUGCAAAAUUUGAAAUAAUUCUGUGA